AUGGCGCCUCGGCUACUCAGCACCGUCGGCUCGUGGCGAAGCGACGAAAGGCUACUCUGGUCGUGGUGCGGCAAAAAGCGCGACAAAUCAACGGCUGCGACGACGACGACGACAGCAGCUACGGCUGCAAGUUGCAAAUCUGAUAAUGUCUUCCGAGAGAGUAACUGCAGGAGACGAUUACCGCAGUGUCCCGAACACAUCGACACGGGAGAUCCUUCCAAGUGCUGCGAACAGGGUUACGGUAAACCUGUGAAGGUAAAGAAGACGUGGUGGACCAACGUCAGAGCGUCUCCUCCGAUGGUCAAACAAAAGCCCUCGAAUUGCGAUCCACCGCCGUGCCCGAAGGAAGAGACGUUCAUGGAAUAUAUAUUCGGUCCGGAAAAGCCACUUCCUGAGCCGAACAGCUGUCGAAGAGCAUGGAAAAUCAAGCAAUCGUGCAAUUACGAGGAUCCUCGUCUCGAAGAUCCACGUUACCAGGCCACGGCGGGUGACGUACUGCUGUACACCGAGCCAGACAAGCGAAAAUCGCGGCUUCCAACGGAGCCGCAGCCGAAAGCUCCGUCGCCUUACAAAGCUCCAGCCGGCGUCAUUUGCAAGAAGCUUCGCGACUCCGUGGCCGCUACCGCGCUCGAGUGCUACUGCGCCUGCGCCGAUCCUUGUCUCUUCCAGGACUGGCCGCAGACCAACCUGUGUCCCGUGCAUUCGAAGCCGUUCAAAUUCCCGUAUGAGGAGAUGAAACCGGUGAAUCGCCGCAAGAAAUUCUUCACUGGCAGUCAAGGCGUCGCCGCCGAGGACAUCGUGCUGCCGCCGAGACGCGAAUCCUGCAGCUGCGUGCACUCGGCUUUCGUGGAGAAAUCCAGAGGUCUGUUACCCGAUCGCGAGAUCUGCGACUUGCACGAUGAUCUACAGAGAAGGGGACAACUACUGAGGCGAAAUGAGUUCGAGGGCCCCGACAGGAAGAUGUCCAAAUGCGAGAGACUAAGGCAAAUCACUAGAGCCAAGGAGAAGCAGACGAGCGAGCUCGCGGUACCCCGCAGGAGACCUUUGCCAUGCGAGUCCAAAUGCAAAGGCCUCGCUGAUCAAAACUAAACAAAGUUAUGUUCGGCCUUACGUCAGAAAUAUCUGCCAAAGUCGGAGAGCACGCGCCGUUCGGAGCGCCGCUCUCACUCGCCUUCGCUAGCGCGCACGUCAAUUACGUGACACUUCGAGCCGCGGUUUAAAUUUGCGCUA